AUGGAAUUCAAUACCAAAAUAGGACUCGGGCCUCCUCCACCUAUUAGGCUUAUAGUUGUCCUAUCAAAUAUUAUUAUUGUCCUACCGCCCUCUGUCAACAUUAGAUCUCCACUCCUUUCAGCCCCUCGACAUCUUCAAGCCAGAAUCACUGGGAGGCCAAUUUAUACGGCCAAAUCUAAGAAGCUAGAAGCCUACAGGAACUCUUUACCACUGAGGGUGGAGUAUUCUGUAGAAGAGCUGCGAAAGAUUUUUCGACUCACUGGAUGGUCGAAGAUUCUUCUCGGUGGACUGAACGAUUCACUCUCUGGAGGACCUGGCAGGCCAUCUACUGAAGUUCAGCUCAUUCCCUCGUGAGUGUUGAGCCGUCCUCGAUCUCACAGGAUGGUCGAAAAGUUCGAAUCCAGCUCUUUGGUGUUCGGCUCAUCUCGGAACGAGUCCACAGUCAUCAGCGUUCUUCAAGUCCUCAACUUCCUCUGGAUCCUUCGCUCCGGAAUUUUUCUCCUUUUCCCGGAUCUUCCUGUCUCCUUCCCGAGUCUAUCUCUCGAGGUUACUUUUACUCGACUAGAUGUCGUGCUGUAGCAGGAAAAUCGAAGGAAGAAGAGAUCGAAG